GUGAACGCCAGCACAUGCCGACGAUGCACAGGAAAAAACAUCACAGAUGACCGCCGUUCUACGGUAAAACAGGUACGAAUACCUGUACGUACGGUACCGUACGAAAACAGACACAAAAUACUUUAAAUCAGCAAUAAAAUGAAACAGAAAACGUCCUAACACUAACACUCUUCGCAACACACAGCACAAACACAAACACAAACACAAUCCUCCUCAGCCGCAACAACACUCCCCGCGACACCGAAAUGACGCAAACGAAACCACUGGUCACGCUCCGGGCCCGCCCAACCGGUGGCGGUGCCCCCUUCGGAGAACCCAUCGAGUUUUCCCUCUACCCGGGCUCUUGCGUCGAGCUGCGGGGACCGUCGGGGCGGGGAAAGACCACGGUCGCCACCGUUCUGACGGGAAUCCACGAUCCCUCCCACCAGGCCUCGCUGCUGCGCAAGCUGCAGCUGGAGGUCGAGUCCGACUGGGAUCCGAGCAUUCCCUUCCGCGAACGCUGCGGGGUUCUCUUCCAGCAGACGACGCUGCUCGACGAGCUGACCGUUGCCGGGAACCUGGCGGUUGCCCUCCGGCUCCACGAGGACGUCUUUGCCGACCCCGCUUCGAGGGACGCGAGGAUCAAGCAGCUGCUGGACACGGUCGGCCUGGACUACGGGAAGGACGCGCACAAGCUUCCCAGCGAGCUCUCGGGCGGAAUGGGCCGCCGGGUCUGCCUGGCGCUCCAGCUGGCCCAGCGGAAGCGCGUCGUCGUGCUGGACGAGCCCUUUACCGGCCUGGACAGCGCCUCGGCGGAGGGCGUGGCGAGGGAGCUCGUCAGGCUCCGCAAGACGCAAAAGACGGCACUGCUGCUGAUCUCCCACGAGCCGCACCUCUCCAAACUGGUGCACGGGGGUGCCGAGGACGAGCGCAGCAUCGUCGAGCUGAGGGCCCCGUCGUCGUCCUCCGGGAACAAUGCUUCGGCGUCGGCCCUUUCGGACGAAACCAAGCCGAGCUUGUUCGGGACGACCUUUUUCGAUCGGUUCCUAGAGCGGCUCGUGGAUUAUGUCUUUUACAGUCUUCCGCUGAUAGUCAUGGCGUUCAUGGCGUAAGUAUUGCUGGACCGAACGGAACGGAACGGCACACCACGGCACAGCACAGAACGACAUACAUCGAACCGCGUUUGCACUGCGAGUUUGACCUACCGUACCGAUUUAUUGAUGGACAAAGGCCUGACGUCUUUUUUCGCUUCCGGUGUUCUUCGAUCGAACGUCCCAGCUGCGGAUUGGCGAUUUCCAUGCUGAGUGCUGAUAUUCUACAGCGCCUGGAUAUUUCUACCAAGGUGCUGGACCUGGUAGAUGUCGAAGUCCGACCCCUCAUCAAGAUGCUCACGGGAGAAGAAGCCUCUACUUUCCAGAUGAUGGGCAUUCGUUUCAAGGUCAGCUCGAUGCUCAACCAAACGGUUCCACCCGCAAAGGCCACCCUGUAUGCGAUCGGACUGGCAAAAUUGUUUGUCCUAGAGGUCGGGCCCCUCCUCACGGCCCUCCUUCUUUGCGGCCGGAUCGGGGGAAGCUACGCCGGCAAGGUCGGGACCAUGCAGGCAACGAACCAGAACAAGCUUCUGCGGGUGUUGGGGGUGGAUCCGCGGUGGUGGACGCUGGCCCCGUCGGUGCUGGCGGCCUCGAUCGCUUCGCCGGUUCUCACCACCGUGGGCACGAGCCUGGCGCUCGUGCUCGGGGGCAUCGUCGGUCCUCUCUACGGGCUGAAUCCGAAAGGAGUAGGCGAUCGGACCUACUGGUCCGACCUGCAAGAGUCGGUGCUGCCGGUUCUCAGAUUGGUGGGCUUCGAGGGAUGCUGGUCGGAGGGCGAGGAAGGUGUCGGCAAGAGCCCAAGGCAACUCGUGUCCUCCGUCGCCUCGGUGAUCUUUGCUGGGGUCUCGGAUCCGACAAGCCUCGACCUGCGCGUAUCGUAUGGGGCACGCAACGCGACGUGGAGGGACACGGUGAUCGAGCUGGCCACGUACCCUCCGAUUUAUCACUGCAUCAAGGCCGAGGCCUACAUCCUGAUCGUGAUUGGUGUUUCCGAAUGGGCGGGCCGGUAUUACAAACCCAACCUGACCCCCCGGGGUGUUCCGUCGGUGAUUACCCUCUCGGUGGUUUUGUCGGGACUAUUGGUGAUUCUGGCAGACUGGGGGUUCAGCCAGCUGCUCAUGCUGAGGGAAUGAUUGCGGCUCCAUCCGAACCCCAACCCCGGCCCUAACAUUCCAUUCU